AUGGCGCAGACAAAUGCCCCGGCGCCCACCUCGAGAGCUCGUGAACAAGUCGGCGGUGACGAAGAAGCCACCUCGGACCUCAAACUCGGCGAAUUCCAGAACGUCCACUCAAUGAGCCUUUCAGAAGCACGGGCCCUCAUAAUUGCGAUUUUAGCACAUCGGGCGACAACGAAGAAGGUCGAAGAGACUGAGACGUUGAUCAAGACGCAGGACUACCUGGACGUUUUCGCGCGGUUCAAGAACACCGAAAAUAUUACGGCCGUGGAACGUGUGCUUGGUGCGCAUCCGCAAUUGGAGCCUUUUGAGAAGUCACAGCUAGCGAGUUUAUGUUGCGAGACUGCUGAAGAGGCGAAGACGUUGAUACCUAGUCUGACGAAUAAGAUUACCGAUGUGGAUCUGCAGGAAAUACUGGAUGAUAUCACCAAGUUGAGGACCUUCGGGGACUGA